GGGAAAAGGCCAGAAAGCAUAAUACUACCUCUUUAACUGAAAACGCACUACUGUGCAAUGUCAGUGAUGAGAUGACUUCCCUCACCAACUCGCUGACAAAGAUUUUGCCUGCGCUGUCCGACCCCGUCUUAUGAACUGCGCGUCGUCAGAAUUCUUCUCACCUCUCCGCAUGUCUCCACAGCGCCAUCACAAGCCCUGGCAACUCCUAACCACUCGAGAGACCUCUGGAGCUCUCUUAAAUAACUAGGAGAGUAAGAGGGAUUCUAUAGCUUUAAGAAAUUUGAUAACUUGCUGUUCUUAAAUUUAAAAGUAGGAGUAAAUUUCAUGAAUUCUCAGCACUUAAGACUAAAAUGGCACUUUGAUAAGCUUGAUAAAUACCGGCCCUGAAUCCUCCACCUCUGCCUUUAGUUAAACGUGUAGUGUUGUUUCACGUUUAAAUUGCGACACCAUGUGAGAUAAAGGAAAUUUAGUAAAUGUCACAAAAGGCUUAUGAAUCGGAAUCAAAUAACCUUUCUUGUACGUUUGAUUUGUGUGAAUAUUAUGGGUUAGUUCGUCCAUAAUUUAUUGUCCACGCAUGCAAACUUUUAAGUUUCGAUUCCAGCAAAGCGACGCCAGGCGGCGAACCGAAACCUGUGAAACGGAAGUGAACCUACAGCUGACGCUCUGACGGUGAUGUUUACUGUGAGAAGAGACUUAAUUCUGUAAAAUACAAGAAAUUUAUGUGUUUCUUUAGUGAAGUCUGUAGGCUACUGAUGUUCUUCAGCGGGCGUUUCUCGUUAGUGACGGAUCUCAGCUUCGGAAUGAGAGGCCUCGCCAACUACUGUCUGUCCUGCUGUGUGAACACUUUACUGCAGACCUUCUCUGCUACCUGGGAGCUAGCAGACCUCCUGGACAAGUGGGAAGCAGCUGGUGUGAGAGCGGCCAGUAGUAACGUCCCCCUGCAGCUAAAGAAGGUUCUCGCAGACAUGAAGAGCGACCUCCCUCAGCCUUCUCCCCAUCAUGACUUCCUCCACUGUCUGGACAGAAACUGCCUUCGACUUUAUGUGCAGCAUGAUGCUGAUGAGGUUUUCCUCUCCAUCCUGAACUUGAUCCAACAACAGAUGGAUGACAAAAAUCUGGCUCUUGAAAUCCAUAAUCUGUACAAGAUUUGUGUGGAGACGUACCUGCAGUGUUUAGAGUGUUCCUCCGUCCAGACUCAUACCAGCUACCUGCUCAGCCUGCCUCUGCAUAUAAAGGAAGAUCGCAAUUCUCUGGAAGGCUGCAUGGCCUCCUUCUUUGAGCAUCAAGAGCUACGGGGCAUAGAUUGCUGCUUUUGUGAACAAUGUGGAACGAAGACUCCAUCGAAACAGGGUGUCAAAUUGCUCUCCCUGCCUCGUAUCUUGUGCGUGCACCUGAAAAGGUUUCGGAAUAGCCAUGGUUACACCCGAAAACUUGAUUGCAGGGUUACCUUUCCAGAAACCUUUGACAUCUUUGAGAUUCUUAAAGGAGCAUUCUCCCCAGACUUUGUCCAGAAUGACUGCAAAUACACUUUGCAUGCAGUGGUAGUACAUUCUGGUACUGCGAUGUUCGGACACUAUACUGCCUACGUUCGUCGCUGGGUGAACAAACGCUGGUACUAUGCAAAUGACAGCUCUGUAAAACAGGUCUCCUGGGAAGAAGUAAAGACAUCGUAUGGAGGACAUUACAGACCCACAGCGUACAUGUUAAUGUACAGAAGAGAUUCAAGGGAGCAGGAACAACAACCUGAAUUCUCCAGCUGAGUGGAUGGAUGCAGAUGAAUUAACUUGGCGUCACAAGUGCAAUAUUGGAAUAUAACCAUAGGAAUAUAAACACUCAUUUGCUUGAAAUAAUUCAUUGGUAAAGGGUUUUCUAUUUAAUGAUUUCCUCAUUUCUGCCAAACACCAGUAGGUGGUGUUGAAGACUCAACACAGCAAAGGGUUUUCCACUUUCAGACCACACACACUGUGAACACACUUCAAUGAUAAUGGGGGGUUGGUUUGAAGAGAAUGCUUAGCUUAGAUAGUCACUGUUUGGGGGGAAAUACCUGCUAUAGGACUCAGUGUUGAUUUUCCUGACACUGCUGUAUAAUAUAUGAGUCACCCAUGGAGAACAAUGAAUUCAUUUUUUCUCACCUGGGCUGCCAAAAACAACAACAACAAAAAAUCUCCUUCAGCAUCUCACUCCGAGUUUAUGUAUCGCAUUUUCUCACUACCUGCAGGCCUUUUACAUGAUAUUAUAAAACUGUUUUGGAAUGACA